AUGAAGAAUAUGAUGCUGGCCAUGGUCUACAAGCUGAGAUCUGUUGAUCCAGUUGCUGUACCCAAGAUUCAGUUCAAUGACGCAGUGACUUUGUCCUGCAUGGCCUCUGGGUCAGAUGUCUCUUACCAGUGGUUCAAUGGCAGCUCAGAGGUGUUGGAUACUGAAAGGAUUCUCCUGAGUGUUGAUAGGAAAACCCUGAUGAUAUCAAGAGUGGUGAGAUCAGACGAUGGGCCCUUCUACUGCUAUGUGUACAACAAUGUCAGUAACAGCACCAGCAAACCCUUUAAUCUUGGUUCCUUACCAAGAACAGAUUACUCUUUGACAACAGUACAACUGGCAUCAGUGAUCAUCGGUUCAUUUCUAGCUGGUAUUUUCUUGUCAGUGAUCACCGUUCUCUUUGUAAAAUUCAUCAGGAGAAGUGCAAUUUGUGGAAAAUUUCCAGAGAGCAAACCAGACAAAAACGAGAACACAUCUGUAAAUUAUGAAAAUGUGCAUAACACCAAAAAGUUGGAUAAAGAUAUUUCUGUCACAAGUCCCAAUACAGACCAUCUUUACAUG